AGUGACAUCAACACCGGCAGUGCUGACUGAGCCCUCGGAUUCAGCUGCACAGCUCAGAGAUGGCGUCCCUUCUGCAGCCGGAUAGAGUUGUCUAUCUGGUUCGUGGAGAGAAAAGGAUCAGAGCCCCUUUAUCUCAACUUUAUUUCUGUCGCUACUGUAGUGAGCUACGAUCUCUGGAAUGUGUGUCUCACGAGGUGGACUCCCACUAUUGUCCAAGCUGUCUGGAGAACAUGCCAUCUGCAGAGGCUAAACUUAAAAAGAACAGGUGUGCAAAUUGUUUUGACUGCCCAUGUUGCAUGCACACACUGUCCACUCGGGCCACCAACAUCCCAUCUCCUUUGCCUGAUGAUCCUACCAAGACGGCCAUGAAGAAGGCCUACUAUCUGGCCUGUGGCUUCUGUCGCUGGACCUCCAGGGAUGUGGGAAUGGCUGACAAAUCAGUUGCCAGUGGUGGAUGGCAGGAACCAGAGAAUCCUCAUACUCAGCGGAUCAACAAGCUGAUUGAGUAUUACCAGCAGCUGGCCCACCGAGAGAAGCAGGAGAGAGAUAGGAAGAAGUUGGCCAGGAGACGACAGUGCAUGCCUCUGGCGUUCUCGCAACACACUAUUCAUGUGGUGGAAAAAUAUGGCCUUGGAACCAGACUGCAGAGGCAGAGGUCUGGAGCUCCUAUAUCAAGCCUGGCGGGCCUUUCCCUUAAAGAGGGUGAGGACCAGAAGGAGAUCACCAUUGAACCUGCCCAGGCCCUUGAUGAAGUGGAGCCCCUGCCUGAAGAUUGUUAUACCAGGCCCAUCAGUUUACCGGAGGUAACCACGCUGCGCCAGCGGCUUCUGCAGCCUGACUUCCAGCCUGCGGGGGCGUCUCAGCUCCACCCCAGACACAAACACCUUCUGAUGAAGCGCUCACUGCGCUGCAGGAAAUGUGAGCACAACUUGAGCAAGCCAGAGUUUAAUCCAACUUCAAUCAAGUUUAAAAUUCAGCUUGUCGCUGUGAGUUAUAUCCCUGAAGUGAGAAUUAUGUCCAUUCCAAAUCUCCGAUACAUGAAGGAGAGCCAAGUACUGCUGACUCUGACCAACCCAGUGGAGAACAUCACCCAUGUCACAUUGGCUGCUUGUGAGGAGGAAGAUCCUGAUGACAUCAACAGUACUGCCAAGGUUAUAGUACCCAGCAAGGAACUGGUCUUGGCAGGAAAAGAUGCUGCUGCAGAGUACGACGAACUGGCUGAACCUCAGGACUUCCAGGAUGACCCAGAUGUUGUUGCCUUCAGGAAAUCCAACAAGAUUGGUUUCUUUAUCAAAGUGAUCCCUCAGAAAGAAGAGGAUGCGGACGUCACUGUUUCAGUUAAGAUCAGACAUGACUUCCGCAACCUCGCAGCUCCCAUCAGGCAGAGCGAGGAGGGAGCCGACAACACCACCGAGGCCAUUUGGCUCACGCACCAUGUGGAGCUGAGGCUGGGACCCCUCGCUCCCUGAUCACGAAUACACUGUUUACUCUCAGACAGUCCCAGAGUCAUAGUGUUGGCUUCUUUGAACUAAUUUCUCUCAACUGUGGGAUUUAUUUAAUUAAAAAUGAUUUCUGAUUCUGCUUAUUGAUGUGUGAGAACGAUUUAGAGAUGUACUUGACAUACAACUGUUUUCAGGAUGUUUUGUUUUAGCUCUAGUUGCAUAUUCAGAUACAUUGUGGAACAUACAGUGAUUGAAUGAUAGCCCCCUGUGCUGCCCACUUUAUAAAACUAUAUGAAACCAUGGCUAACUGCAGACCAACCGAUACAUGCAUCGAGUUUAACUUGGCUUCAUGAUGUUUUGUUUUUUUCAUUGUUGCUAAAUGCAGUGCCAAAAACAUGACAAUAUGCUGUAUUUCACUGCAUUACUAUCCUCCUCAGCUUAGGCACUGUUCCAUCUAUCAGUAAAAAGCACUUACAGGAAACAAAAUCUUAUAUUUACAGUACAUAUAAUCACUUAUUAAAAACAUCAAGUUGUUUUGAUUGAAAAUGCCACAUUUGCUGUUGCUGGAAUUUGAGAAAGGAUUUUUCACAAUGUUACAUACAGUGUUUUCUCCCAGCCUGUCUCCACACUUAAAUUAUAUUUUGUUUUAUUAAAUGUAUUAGUGGGUUAUGUUCAAAGAUGAGAGUGAGUGGUUAUGCGUUAAUAUAACACUGAGAUUAUAGAAACGGAGUGGAGUCCAUGAGCAGAAUCAGAAACCAUAACUGAGAACAAUCUGAACAAUUCCCAACUGUGCGGCACACACACACCUCUGCGCUUCUAGCUUGUGUAUUCUUGUCAACAUCCUUUUCUGCAGACAAUAGUAAGGUAUUAACUCGCAUGCUUCAAAUAUAGUAAAUAUCACAUACGUUAGACAAUGUCAUCCCAGUUACUGAUCCUGUACUGUUUUCUUAUCAAAAAGGUUCUUGGUCGCAGGUGAUACUUGCCCAUCAUUUUACUAUUGUCUGAAGUCGCACAGUAACUGUUAUUGGCACUAAGGAGAGGAUGUAUAGUACACUCUGUAAAUUACACAAAGUGUUAUCAGUUUUAAUGUGUUGAGACACUAUCAUUUUACCUGGUUUAAAAAUGUAUCUUUUUGGUUUGUAGACAUCACUGAGCUCCCUGUCAGUGUUGUUUAGUAAGCUGCUGUUCUGUUUGGUCUGUGUGUAAACUUAGUAAAAACAGAGCCUCACAACACAGUUAAUCUUCUGUACUGGCUAAUAAAAUAAUGUAAUACUGUAA